AUGAACGAGAGAAAGUUGGAGCGGAAAAGGAAGUUUAUUAUCGGGGGUAUAAUGCGACUUUGCGAUGAUACCAACGAACGGAAGAUAUUUAUGCAAAAAUACGACAUCCGUGUCAAUUAUCCACUGUAUGAUUUGCCUAAUGUGGAGAUGGAAUUGAACUCCAAAACUAUGGAAGAGCUCAGAGAAUAUAGAAAGAAAGUACGAGAAGUUCAUUCGGAUGUUAUGCAUACUCAGUUGUUUGCAUUCGAAGAAAACAUAUGUGUUGCUUAUUGGGAUUGCAUCGGAUGGGGACAACUUUUGAAAUUUCUAUGGGAUGAUAUGAUUGAAGCAAUCUCGAAUCUGAAGAAUAGAACUCAUGAUCAAGUUGUUCCGAACGAUAGGAAAUAA